GAGUCUGACCCACAGCGCACUAUAGCCAGCUUUUAAUGUCGGACAGCUCCAGUCCUGGCGGGUCCUGCUCGUAAAGGGGCGGGGCCAAAAGUCUUUCGCGCGCGGUUUGUUCCAGCGGCGCGUCUCCGCCUGGAGCUGAGAGGCGAGGGCUGCGGUGUGAGGAGCUUCAGCGAGAGGAGGACUCGUCCCUUAUUUACCACUUCAGCGCUUAGGUUUCGUGUGUUUUAGACUAGAAACGUCGUAAUGUAGUCGCGCGAACCCCCAAGCUCACAGUUCAGUCAGGCGUUGUUCGUUUUUUGGAUGCCAACAAAACUCUGGCGACUCAAAUACUGAAUAUGCUUCUUUCCAGAUGCUCGUUAACUUUAACGCUGCUAACGUUGUGCCUUCACUACAGCAGCUGGCAAACGCAGGGGGAAGCGAUUCAUCCAGCAUGUGCGCUGGUGGCUCAGCAUAUGAAGGCACAGGAGCAAUGCAAAUACACACAACUAAACGAGAUCAGCAACCACACCAUGAUUGCUGGAUGCCGGACAGACUGGGACGACAUUCGUUGCUGGGACAGAGCUGAAGUGGGUCAGGUGGUUAACGUCGCUUGCUCUAAUGUGUCCCAGCUCUUUGCCAACAAUAAUGGUUAUAUUUACCGGAACUGUACUAAAAACGGCUGGAGUGACAUUUACCCGUCCUAUGAAGAUGCUUGUGAAUUUGUGGAAGUGGAUCCCGAGACCACAUAUUAUUCCACCUUCAAGCAGGUGUACACUGCAGGAUAUGCUACCUCACUCAUCUCCCUCAUUUCGGCUAUCUUCGUCUUCACAGCCCUCAGGAAGUUCCACUGCACAAGGAAUUAUAUCCACAUCAACCUCUUCUCCUCCUUCAUCCUGAGAGCUAGUGCGGUCUUCAUUAAAGAUGGCAUCCUCUUUACCGAUGAGAGCCUGGACCACUGCUUGGUGUCUACCGCUUCAUGUAAGGCAGCAGUGGCCUUUUUCCAGUUUAGCAUCCUGGCAAACUACUUCUGGCUGCUGGUGGAGGGAAUGUACCUGCAGACUCUGCUGGCUCUCACAUUUGUCUCACAAAAGAAGUAUUUUUGGUGGUACAUUCUUAUAGGCUGGGGUCUUCCAACAACAGUAAUGACCAUUUGGGUUCUGGCCAGAAAUUUCUAUGACAACAGUGGGUGCUGGGACGAUACGGAGGCUGCCUUCAUUUGGUGGAUCAUUAAAGGACCCAUUACAGCAUCUCUUCUGGUAAAUUUCAUCAUCUUCAUCAAUGUGAUCAGAAUACUUGUGCAGAAGCUGAAGUCUCCUGGAGUUGGUGGCAGUGACACCAGCCACUUCAUGAGGUUGGCUAAGUCGACUCUGUUUCUGAUCCCACUGUUUGGAAUGCAUUACAUGGUGUUUGCCUUCCUGCCAGAGGGCACAGGGGAGGACGCUCGACUCUCCAUUGAGCUUGGACUGGGCUCUUUUCAGGGCUUUGUUGUGGCUCUUUUAUACUGUUUUCUCAAUGGAGAGGUGCAAGCAGAGCUGAAGAAGAGGCUGUGGAAGUGGCAGAUACAGGGUUACCUGAGCUACAGUAAGAAGAGGCGGACACUGUUCACAGAGAGUAGCACUGUCACUCAGAUCUCUGUCCUGGAAAAAUCCAGCCCAAUGGAGCAGCCUUCCUCUGAACUGCAGAACAGUAUCUCCAUAGUCUGAACCAUGCAGAUGCUCUGACCCACCCAUCUUUUCUCUUUCUUCCUCUCCUUGCUUCCCGAUCCAUAUUCUAGUUUUGAUACCAACACUGAAAUAUCUCUAAUAUCAAUAGUAUUAGUAUUGUUAAUGCUAGUAUAACAUUAAUACUAAAGUUGCAUUCUCAGUCAGGGGUUUGAUGAACUAAUAUUGUCACAGCUGUUUAACAUUUAUAAACAGAAAAACAGACUACCAUGGUUUGCAAGACAGAUCUGAAAUGCUCUAAGGCCUUUUUUUUAAUAGUUUGGUUGGCUUAGAAAAAAUGGACUACCUAAGAGAUUAUUACAGGUUAUAAGAUGCUACCAAAACGCCGGAACAUUUAGUCUCACACCAUAAACAUGAGAAAAGCACAAACCUCCUCACUAUAGAUGUUGUUUUGGUGUUGUGCAAAAUGAAGCCACACCAAGUGACUGUGAACGUAUUUACAUGAAAUAGACAAAUGUGUCUUUUGACACUUCUGAAGUUCUGUUUAUGCCAGUUCCACAGAAGAUCAGUUUUACAGGAGCUGUUGCUGAUGAGACGUUUACAUUCAGCUUUUACGAUUCUGCACUUCUCUUUAGACCUCUGGUCACUUUUUCCAUCCUCAGCUGACUUGUUCUUUGCCAAUAUUAUAUACACCAGUGUCUUAUUUCCUUAUUCAGUGGAGUUUAAAUAGUUCCUUUUCCUGUGCUCUGUCGUUUGUUGUGUUGUUUCUUAUUGAACAUUCCUUAUUAAACCCAGGGGCCUUAUUUUUGUGGUCAUAGUGCAAAUGCAACAUUAAGGUAUGAAAUCACAAAGCUGGCGCUAGGGUGUAGCUCUAAUCCACCACUGAGCAGCGAAGCAGUAAAGACGGAGCGAAUACCUUAUCAGCAGGUGUGGUUAGGCAUGCUGCAGCGAGAUCCAGUCUGUCAGUUAAGCACAGUGAUAUAUUCCUAAUGGCAAAAUAGACCGAUUCCAUUCGUUUUAUGGACAAAGGAAAAACUGAUCAACUUUUAGAUUUCAAAUCAGAAAAUUAGUAUUAAAUAUAGGCUGAUGUUACUCUUCUGUCAUCUUUGAACAUAUAAUUGUUCCAUUGCUUAGUAUGUGUCAGCUCUGAAGAAAAUUUGAAACAAGUACUAACAAAACUGACCAUUUUAUGUAAGUAUAAAAAUAAAAAUUGUAGACUAUAGUUGUUAACUAAAAACUUAUCAGAUUCCAUGAACAGUACAGUGGUUUUAAAUGAUAUGUACAUUAAUAUGAAAGUCAGGUGAUACGUGCGAUCAUGUCAUAUACACUGUUGUACAACAAAGUUGAUUUAUUAUAGAUUAAAUUCAUAUUUUACUCAAAAACCGUUUCUGAAGAGAAAUUUGUAGACUGAAAUGUGCUUUUAAUGUGGUUCAGCGACUCAGACUCUAGCUUUGUUAGACAUUCUAUAAGCCACAAUUGAGUUUGUAUUUACUGAUUUAUAUUUAAAUGGGGUGAUAUAGUGAAGAGGUUCUUAACCUUUUCCACCUCAAGUCUGCCUCUUUAUCACUGGAAAGCAUGAAGUUCCACAGGGGAGAAUAAAACAUUACUUACUGGAGGGUUUUCACCUGAACAAAAGCAUAAAGAUCAGGUCUUUUGCUUUGACCUAAUUGCCCAUCAUCCAGAAAGAGAGUUCCAGUCAAGCUGAGACCAGAUUAAAAUUUUUUCAGAAUAUAAUGAAAGGGAAAAAAGUAUUGACAUGUCUGUGUAGUUCAUUAUACAUGAUAGUAAUAAUAAUGAUAAUAAUACAAUUAAAGUUAAAUUACUAAUAGUAAUAAGAACAAUAUUGACCUGGCACUCAGCCCUAAAUCACCUCUGCAUUGUAGUUUUGUAAUGAAAGUAAGGUAGAACUAUUUGUCUGUUCUUGGGCUUAAUGUUAAGCUGUAUGUGUUCAUUUAUUGGAUACUGAAUGAGGAGAGCAUAGUUACGGCCUGCUUUCCCUAUAUUCUGUUUGAAUGCAUUGUUUAUAUAAUGGUUGUUCUACUCAGAAACACUCAGCACAGUUUUGAGUCAAUGUGGACCACCGAGCACAAAAUAUCACCAUCAGAUUAGGCAAAAAUUACUCAACUGGUAUGAAAUCAGGUGGAAUAAUUCUACAACCAAUUUUCUAAGCCAGUCACAUGUAUGAAAUGGUACGUUUCUUUGUGUCUGCCUGUGAAGUUGUGAAGGAAAGUGCUGUUGUGCAUGUGCGUUUGCCAUAUGAGUAGGUUUGAGUAGGUGUUUUUGGACCAAAAUGGUUUUGAAAACAUGGAUUUUGAAUGCCGAACCCCCUGUUGUGUCAAUCUGGCCGUAUUGUCACAGGCACUCUCAGUUCUGCUUUAAGAUGUACUUGGAUCCAGCCCAAUUAGCAAUUGUGCUAUACUGUUGCACUUGUACCAGUGUACUGCACUUGCAUCGCCACGAAAAUAAGGCCCUGUGUUUAUAUAUUGUUCUUUCUGACAGUCCAAAGAAAUAUGCCAAAGGUCAAAUCUUGGUGAAUAUUCAUUUCCAUUCAUUUACCUUUUUAUGCUCACUUCAAAUGAGUGCUAAAGUGACCAAGUGCUUAAAUCCAGUAUGACAAAGCAUGUGAGUAAGAAACACCCAGAAAUGUAAAGUAACACUACUUACUACUUACCCCAUGUUCAACUUUUUAUCUUCAGCACUUCACAACUUGCAUAUUAAUUGUUCUUUUUGUGAAAGUACAGGUUCUCUUUGGGUGUUUUGUUUAUAAAUGUGCUUAUGGCUUCAGUCUCAUGCCAACUUUACAUAAUUGCCUUAUUAAGAGCUCAUAUAUGGUGUAAAAUAUUUUACUAAAGAGUAAAUCAUUGUAAAUGCCAUUGAUCAUUUGUGUGUUUGAACAGCUAAUUCACUUUGAAGUGAACUGUAAGUAAAUGCAGCGUAUUGCACAGUGCACUGGCCCUGUGCACACAUACACUACAGGGCAUCCAAAGUUUCCUCUUCUUAAGUAAUGAUGUUUUCAAACAACUUAUUCAUUUGCACGUAUGUUUGUUUUGAUUUACUUAACUUCCAUAAUAUUUAAUAAAAUAUUUAUAUACAAUUAUUAUGUAUGAUUAUAAGAUACGAAUGAUAAGAAUAUUAACCUGCUUAACCAUAAAUUAGAUUAAAAGCAUUUUCGUGUCAAUUUAAAGUGAAUUAUUCUGCUUUGAAAAUGUCUUACUCAAGAAUGCUUUGCAGUGUACGUAUCUGGAGCACUAGACUGUAAAGAUUUUUGUUUUAUAGAGUGAAGCUUUUUGCUUUCAAAAUGUAUUACUGAUACAUGGAUUUGUAAAUAAGAUUAUUACACAAUGUUUCAACUAAUAGUACAGAUGUGUUGAUCUCUCUAUAUUUUUACCAUGUUUGAAUUAGUGAGUGACUUGGCACCAGUCUAGUAUUUGGGCUAUUAACUACUAAUGCGUGUGGUUUAUGGUACUAGUGAUUAUCAAUAUAAGCAAACAGUUUGUUUCCAUGUUGCGUGUAAAACAUUUUAUUUACUCUUGUUGACACAUAGAAGUGAACCUAGUCAAGAUAUGUAUGUAAAUAUGAAUUCUGGCUGUUUUAUAGUAUCAAUAUUUUUUUCUUGUUUGUUUUAAUUGAAUGUUUUGAGUAUCUCGGUCUCUACGAAUAUUGUUACUUGCUUUCAGCUUAUAAUGAAUGAGUAAUGCACAAAAACAAUAGAGAAGCAAAGGAAAUUCAGUGAUCUUCAAGCAUAAAUGCCAGUAAAACAGAACAUAACCUUACAACUAUGUUUAAUAAUCAGAUAUAGUACUGUACAAAAACCAGAGAUCAUCCUUCAGUUGUAUUUCCAGUUAAAGGGGCAUCAGUUAUUUCAAAGGAAAUUAGAUAUAAGAUUUCCGCUUGCGCCACUCUUGCUUCAGAUCUGAAAAAUCUGCUGGUCUUUCUGUCCAUCCUUCCACUGUGAGAAGACAACUCAACGCUACAGGUCUGAAAGUACAUGUAGGUGUCAAAUGACUGAGAAAAGGAAAUGGACAAAAAAAAAAUGCUAAUUUAACAAAGAAGCUGCUGGUGUUCUCAGAACAACAGACUGACCACCCCAGAGGCCAGACCUCAACAUAAUUGAAUAUGUUUGAAGUCGUAAAAAGCAGAAAAUGUAACCAACUUUUGUGACUGAACUUUGGAGGUGGGGAAAAAUAUUCCUGCAGAUUUCUUAGAAAAAGUGGAAGCUGUAAGAAAGGCAAAAGGUGAACACAGUAGAGACUGAACAUUUUAUAUUAUACUUAGUUCUGCUUUUUUCCCUAAUGUCGAAAAAUGAAUAACUCAUACUUAAUGGCUGUUUUGUUAAUGAAGGCUGGUCUCUGACUGUUGCACAAUACUGUAUAUUCAGCCAUAACAUUUGUUCUGUUUGCUUUGUGUAUAAAUACCUUAAAUUCUGAUUUCUGAUGACUGUAGUGUUGAUGUUGAGCUAAACACCUUUGCUAUAUUCACCAACCUGCCUUAAUGUGAUGCAUAACUAACUGUUCCUUGUGUUUCUCCUUGAAUGUGUGAAAUUUAUGGUGGUAUCGUGUACCUCAGAGGCUGUAUCACUACAGAUGUGGAACAUUACAAAGAGGGACAGGGCCACAUCUGAUGAUACAGUCUUUUCUGUUCUGUGUUCUGCUGAUCGUUGUGAUUGUUAAAAACCAUUAUUUUAUGCGGGACAAAUGGGGGGCCUGGUAAUUACUUGUAAAUCAAAGAAUUUUAGUGCUCAUCUGAUGUUCGAUUUGUUUUCCUUUUUACAUGAAGGGCCUUUUGUUCAUGAAACAAAACAUAGCCUUAUGUCUUUGUGUCAGUUUC